AUGGAUUUACUAAAGCAACAACCUACACAUAAACACCGGUUAAGCCUUGUUGUUGGUCAAUCGGAAUGUAAGGCUUGCUCCCUUCAUACCGAAGCCGAUCAUUUUUAUCACUGCUCUACUUGUAAUGUUAGCUUUCACAAGGAGUGCACGGAGUAUUCGUUGAUCAUUCCUACACAUCCUUAUCACCCGAGACACCCACUUAAAAUCCGCACCCGCAAAUCUGAAGAUGUUGUUGAGGAUUGCUUAUGGUGCAAAAGAAACAUGGGGUACAUUUUCUAUCAUUGCUCCGUCUGUAAUUUAAACAUCCAUCUCUUCUGUGCUAGCCAGGCACACUUGGUUUUUACCUUGGACCCUGGGGAGAAACAUGAUCAUCCUCUCACAAUCUUCCCUAGAAGGAUGGACUUCACUUGCAAUCUAUGUGGGUUCUACGGUGAUUGGUUUCCUAUUUAUGCAUGCAUCAAAUGUGAUUUCAUGGUCCACAAAGACUGCCUGGAUCUACCAAGCAUCAUAAGGAUAUCGUGUCAUGAACAUCGUCUCUCUCGAAGACUUUCUCUCCCUCUAGAGGAAUGGUCUUGUGGAAUUUGUCACACGCUAGUGGAUUCCAUGUAUGGAGCCUUUUCUUGCAGCACUAAAGAUUGCAGCUAUGUAGUCCAUACCAGAUGUGCAACAUUGGAUGUUGUCUGGGACAAGAGAGAACUUGAAGGUAUCCCUGAGGCAGUAGAUGAGCUUAAAGAUGUCUAUCCAUACGAGGUAAUAGACGGCAACAUCAUAAAACAUUUCAGUCAUGAACAUUAUCUAAGACUUGUACCCAACGAGGAUAGUAAUGGUUUUAUUGAUAGAACGAGAUGUUGUCAAGCCUGUUGCUUUCCUAUCCAGUGUGAUAAUUUCUACAACUGUGAUCAUUACAAAGAUUGCAGUUUCAGUCUCCACGAAAAAUGUGCUAAUUUGCCUCGAAGAAGAUGGUCAACCUUACAUCCGCACCCGCUUAGUCUAAAGGCAGAUGACAUUACAUUCAGUUAUAGUACCCGGAGAGGUUUCUAUUUCUGCUCUACUUGCACUCGCUUCUCUUGCGGGUUUAGGUACGUUUGCGAAGAAGACACUUGUCGUUUUGUAGCUGAUGUCCGGUGUGCUUCGAUACCAGAGUCUCUAAACCAUAAAUCUCAUCCACAUCCCAUGUUCAUUAGUUUAAGAAACAGAGGUGAAAUGACAUGUGUGACUUGUGGAAAAGCAUCAUCCAUAGCGCUAUAUUGUUUACAGUGUCCCUUCUUUAUGUGUUUCAAAUGCUCUACUAUACCAGAUAAAUUUUUAUACAUGUAUGACGGCGACGAAUAUGCCUUAACCCUUUGUUGCGGUGAAGAAGAAGAAGAAGACGUUAAGGGUCAGUACUGGUGCUUUAUAUGCGAGAAGAAAGUAGAUCCUAAGAAAUGGUUCUAUGUAGGUGACCACUCUGGUGGCACUCUUCACACAACUUGUGUUCUUGGAAGCUCCUCAUAUGCCAAGCCUGGUCGAGCUAUGAUUAACCAUGGUUCGGACGAAAAGGAGUUUGAGAUCAUCUCCAACAAUGAAGAUUCUCGACCAUUAUGUUGUAUGUGUGACCGUCAUUGUCCAGACUCAGUCGCGUUCAAGCAGGAAGACAACAUUUAUUGUUCUUCCGAUUGUCUGUCUAUCCAAAAUUUGGACUAG